GCUUAUGUUGAACUUUUGAAAGAAAUUAUAUACGAUGAAGACUUUACUGUUGUUCAAUUUUAUAAAAAAAUAAAUUUUUCUUUUUUUCAAAGGACUCAAGCAGAGGGAGUUUUAUACGAAGCACUGAAGACCCUCGCUUCUGAAAAUAAUACGAAGGCUCGGAGAUUGUUAGUAAAUUUUAACGAACUUAUCGACUCUAACUCAGUAAAUGCUUAUUGGGAUGGUGUUUGUAUCAGCAAUGAGAGAAGCGAAACCCGACGUGUUAAAAGUAUAUUGAAAGAAAAAGAGGAUCAGGAAGCUUGUCGAAUAAAAUCUAAUGUAUUAGACGAGCACAUUAUUGAAAGCAAUCUUAUAUUAAAAAGAAAACGACAAAAACGGAAGCAUGCAGAUAAGGAGGGAGAAUGCUCUAUGAGGGAACUGAGGGAUAUUUCGCCUGUUGAUUAUAAUGAAAAUUUGAAUGAAACUAACCUUUCUGAAUCGGAUCAUGAAGAGAAGGAGUCACAUAAAAGAAAACAAAGUGAAUCUAAUGUUGAAAGUGAUUAUGAACCAAGUAGCAGUCCUACUUCCUCGGAUUCGGGUCACGAUCGGGAAAAAAAGUACAUGGAAGAAAUUAUUUUUUUAUCGUUGAAUACUAACUCAUCAAUCAUCACAGAUAAUCCAGCACCUGCAAUUAUGAUGUCCGGAGGUGACGUAGUAUCACUUCCGCCAUUAUCAUCAUUACUUACUCCUCCGCUUCCACCGUCACCACUACCACCACUCGGUUCUCUAAAUUCUAUACCAAACAAUGCAAUAAUAUUACAAGAUUUACCAACGUCAGUAAAUCAAUAUCAAUUAUCGACUUUAACAGCUACAAACCCUAUCAUCCAAACCCCCGGGACUCCACCGCCAAGGCCUAAUGCCAAUAAUAUGCAGGUUACUCCCCAAAAGUCAGCGCUUUUUAAGGAAUCCGUUAUCUAUCUACAAAAUCAUAUAAAGAUAAAUGUAAAUGAUCAAGGAAUGAUCAUAAAAGACAAUCAUACUACGGAAGAGAUCUCUAGUAUAAUUCGUAAUUGGCUAAUAAUGGCAUUAACAGGAAAGGAGUUUGUAAAAGUUAUCAUGACUCCUUUAAGCUCAGAAGCAAGUCCAAAAGAUCAUGAUUUUCGUCAAAUUUGCGAGUUUAUACUUUAUGAUUUUUAUUUCAUGACAAAGAAAGGUCCUUUAAAAAGAGAUAUUGGUGAGCAUACGUAUAUUGUCGAAAGGGUCGUCUCUCUGUUCAAAGCAAUUCAAUCAGUAUAUAAUGAAUACAAAUUUCAUUGGAUCGAAGUUGAAUUGGAUUGUAUGAGGGAAAUGAAGAAGAUAUUCCCCAAGUUUGAUUUACCCAUAAACCAAGCUGAUGGUCUUGGAGUACGGAAUUCAAGUAACAAGGAGGUCGUUUUUAUCGAAAUAUUGGGUGGGCCUGAAAACAAUGAUCAAAAAAAAUUAAAAGAAGAUUCAGAAAAGCUUCUGAAAGAAGCCGUAUUUGGUCUUGUUUCCCUAUUACGAAAUUAUUUGGACAAAAGUGCGGAAGAAUCGAAACAGCUAUACACGUUCAUGAUUCAGGGCAUCGUUUCGCAGAUCAAAUCCGCAACCCUCCCAUUCGAAUUCAUUGAUGUGGCGGAUUAUUUAGCAAUUUUUGAAUUCCUUUAUAUUCUUGUGAGCGAGCUCGAAAUUCAAACGAGAGUAAUUAAUAAAUUAAGGUUAUCUGAAUCGGCUGAUGGCGUAACUGUACCAAGAAUUCGUGAUUGGAUUUGGCUGCCAGAUUCGAUUUCUGCAUGGGAAUGUGAAGAGAUUCAAAAUGAAAAUCUAUGA